AUGGCUCGACCCACUCGGAAACAAUCGCGACGAGUGGCCUCGACUGUCGCCCUCGUCUUCCUUGCUUUCCUCGCCAUUCUCUUGUUAUGUCCCGUAGCCGUGAAAGGGCACGACACUACAACUGAAGAUGAGCGCCCCGUCAUCGUCGGCAUCGACUUUGGAACCACGUACUCGCGCGUCGCCGUCAAACGUGCUGAUGGGCAGGUGGAGGUGAUUCCUAACGAGCGCGGUCAGCGUAGCACGCCAUCGGUGGUUGGUAUUCAUAAAAACGGUCAAUUAUUAGCCGGCGACGCUGCGAUUGACCAGUGGAUCUCGGGUCCGGACACACUCAAGAGUUAUAUUCCUGAUGUCAAGCAACUGCUUGGGCGAGAGACUCAAGCACGCCCCGAAAGGUGGUGGGAGGUCGCUUUGUCGGCACUUGGGCUAUGGCCCACCCAAAGACCGUCCAAGGUCCUCCAGCAGGACGGCCAGGUAGUGAUGCAAGCUCCUCGCGGGAGCGACUUCACCCCCGAGGAAAUGGUGGCCGCGAUUCUCUCGAAGCUGAAAGCAGACGCAGAAGCAUUCCUCGGCCAACCGGUCGCCCAAGCCGUCGUGACGGUCCCCUUCCACUUCAACGACGCGCAGCGCGAAGCGCUCAGGACCGCAGGCUCGCUCGCCGGGCUAGAGGUCCUGCGCCUCAUCAACGAGCCCACCGCCGCGGCGCUCGCGCACGGCCUCGAGCUGAUGCAGCCCGCGCGCGACCGCCUCGAGGCGCGCGUGCUCGUGCUCGACGCCGGCGGCGGCGGGCUCUCCGCGACGCUGCUCGCGAUCGACGACGGUGUGUUCGAAGUCCUCGCGGACGUGCGCGACGCGGGGCUCAGCGGGCGGGCGCUCGAUGCGCGCGUCGCGGCCCAGCUCUGGGGAGGGAACACGCGGGAGAUGGCGCGGGUGCAGCGCGAGGCGGAGCGCGUGAAGAUGGCGCUGUCGGACGCGCUCGAGGCGGUCGUCGGGCUCGAGGAGCCUUGGGUCGACGGCAGGCCGAACUCGGUCUGGAGGACGUCGAGGGCCGAGUUCGAGGAUGCCAACGCGGACUGGUUCGAGGGCGUGGUGAAGACGAUCGAGCGGGCGAUGGCAGAGGACUCUCCGACGGACGGCGUCGACGAGAUUCUCCUGGUGGGUGGCGGGGCGCACAUCCCUCGGGUGCAAGAACUGGUGAGAGACUGGUUCGGCAAAGACCCUCUCAACCUCAACGCAACCUCGGCCGGUGUCCCCCCACUGGAGGAAGCGGCCGUGUACGGCGCCGCGCUCCAGGCCGCGAUUCUCGCCGGCUACACCGACGUCGACCUCUGCACGGGAGACUUCGACAUCAACAUAUUCACUCUCGGCAUCGAGGUCGCAGGGGGCAUCUUCGUGCCGCUCAUCGCGCGCAACUCCGUCCUGCCGCGCGAGGUGAGGGCGAAUUUCUCCACCUCGAUUGACGGCCAGGACGCGGUCGUGGUGCGCGUCUUCGAGGGCGAGCGGCCGCUCACGACGGACAACAGGGAGAUGGGCCGCGUAGAGCUGAAGGGAAUAGGACACGCUCCCCGAGGGGUGCCACAGAUCGAGGUGGCGAUGGAUGUCGACGCGACCCGUGUAAUCACGGUCAGGGUGACGGACUUGGGGAGCGGCAAGUCGGAAUCCAUUACUAUUGUCGACCCGCCACAUGACCGGCUCACGUACGAGGAAAUCGAGGAGAUAUUCAAGGAGAUGUACGACAGCGACGAAAAGUACGUGAACCAGCGGCGACAACACGCCAUCAGCGACUUGCGGGGCGUUGCCUCCACGCUCAUGACACAGAUUCAAACGAUGAGCGCAAACACGGACGUGGUCAGCGUCCGUGAAGCCAUCGGGAGCGCACUCGCUUGGUUGGAGGAGCACCAAGACAGAGCAAGCGGCGACGAGCUUCAUUGGAGGGUACAAGACCUGCGACAGAUCGGGCGGCCGAUUGCUUCGUUGCCUCCGCUCGCAGAAAGCACCGGGGACGGACCGAGCGUUCCCCACAAGGAGCUUUGA